AUGAAAAGAUUGAUUGAUCUUGUACAUUUCAUUAUCUUACUGAUUAGUUUUUAUGUCAAUCGAUAUGAUUGUUCAAGAGAUGACAUUUCAAACGCAUUUACCUAUGGAACAGCUUUACCACCGUUUGGCUCAGUCGAAAAGAGUAAGAUUGUGCGUCGAUCAGUGACGAAAACUAAAUGCGGAAAAGAUCUGACCUGUCUAAAUGGUGGCAAAUGCAAAGACAAUCACUGUCAAUGUCCAGACAAUUUUAUGGGACAUGAUUGCAGUAUAGCACGAUGUGACCGACAUUGGUGUUCGCAAACAGGAGGAAAGUGUACCAAUAAAAAAGUUUGUCAAUGCUCAAGAAAAUUUGGUGGACCUGAUUGCAGCGGUGUCAGAUGCGGUAACAGUACCACAAAUAGUUUACUUUGUUUCAACGGCGGCAGUUGCAGUAAUACUACGGAAACCUGCCAAUGUCGUUCAGGUUAUCAAGAUGAUGGUACAGGGUGUUUAAAACAGCAAUGUGCAAACGGAGGUUCAUGUUAUACAAAUAAUGGUGUUUGCACAGAUAGUGGAUGUAAAUGUCGAUCGAACGCAACGACUGGAUCAGAUUGUUCACAAAGUGUAUGUGGAAAAUCUGGUUUUGUUUGUUACAAUGGAGGAUUUUGUACGGAUAACAAGCAUUGUCAAUGUUUGAAUGGGUGGACUGGUGUAAAUUGCAAUGGGCGAAAAUGUCCCGGAUUUAAGGAUUUGGUCUGUUAUUCUGCCUUCUGCCCAGCGAUUGGUAGUGCACCAGUAUGUCAAUGCCCAGGACAUUUAAAAGGACGAGAUUGCUCUGGAAUAACAUGUGGAGAUAAAGGACUAGCCUGUUAUAAUGGUGGCACAUGUCAUGCAAUGACGUCAACAUGUUUAUGUCUGGCUGGAUUCGGUGGGCCCGAUUGUCGUGCAGUUCAAUGUGCCGGACAUCCAAGUUUGUUUUGUUAUAACGGCGGAUGUCCACCAGCUAGUCAUGGUCCUGAUACCAAAUGUAUUUGCUCAGAUCAAUAUACUGGUUCUGAUUGUUCACAAUUCAUGUGCAGUCAUAGUGCGGUCACAUGUUAUAAUGGUGGUCAGUGCAUCGACGGACGAACAUGUACUUGUCCACCAGGAUACGGAGGAACAGAUUGUCGUGGAAUUCCAUGUGGCACGGGAUUUUGCUAUCAUGAUAGUAAAUGUCUAAUCGAUCAGAAAACAGGAGAAUCACAAUGCCAUUGCUCUGGUAAUUAUACGCUUUUGGAUUGCUCAGCUGAACAAUGUCCAGAAAACGGUCCACUGUGUUACAACGAUGCAAUUUGUGAAAGAGAUGAUGACGGCAAAUACAUCUGUCAAUGUGUAGGACAAUGGGGAGGAGCUGAUUGUUCAGCAACUUCAUGUCAUCACGCUCUAUGUUACAAUGGAGGCUAUUGUGAUGAUAAAAAUGAUAUUUGCGUAUGUAUCAAUGGCUGGCACGGAAUCGAUUGUCGAGCAAGAGCAUGUGAACCCAACGGUCUUGUCUGUCACAAUGGUGGACUAUGUAUCAUAUCAGCUAAUGCUAACUUUAUCUGUCAAUGUGAACAUCCAUGGACAGGACCAACGUGUGAAGAACAGAUUUGCGGCGUCAGUGGUCUCAUAUGUCGAAACAGUGGUACUUGUUCCUUGACUCACACAGAUUCACAUACAAUACCAUCCUGUACAUGCCCAUUUGGCUUUGCCGGCGAUGACUGCUCAGCUGUGGUAUGUGGAUCCGAAGGCAAUGCUUGUUUUAACAAUGCUUACUGCAAUGAGACCACAGGAACUUGCGUUUGUCCUCCACCACUUACCAGCGAUGAUUGUCGUGGCAACAUUUGUGGUGCUGGCACAGCAAAUAGCAUCGUAUGUCAAAACGAUGGUGUCUGCGUUCUCACCCGUGAAGGUGAAUGGACAUGUAAUUGUACACGUGGAUGGACAGGCCCAUAUUGUAUGUUACAUUUAUGUGGUGAUGAUUUAUCGUCAAGUUUAAUGUGCACACACGAAGGAACAUGCGUACAUUCAGCAACAACAGGCGCUUAUUCAUGUUCAUGCCAAUCACAAUGGGCAGGUAUUGAUUGUUCUGGUAUGCGAUGCUUAGAGCCCGAUAUAAUUUGCUACAAUCAAGUUGAUUACAAUCCGGAAAUAUGUACACCGAAAGGAUGCGAUUGCCUUAACGAUGGAUACGGAGCAGACUGUAGAGGUGUUCGAUGUGGCCUUGAACCAGGCCGAUGUUACAAUGGAGCCGUAUGUGUCGAUCCGCAACAUAGUCUUUGUUCUGCAUGUCCACUUGGUGUAAGCGGCAGUGACUGUUCAAUAAUGGUUUGCCCCAGUGUUAAAAGUGGCUUCUGCUACAAUGGUGGUGUUUGUGUUAAUGGAACGACUUGCUUAUGUGGUCAUCGAAGUGAAUGGUCAGGUGCUGAUUGUUCAGAAAAGCAAUGCUCUGGAAAUUAUAAAUGCCUAAAUGGAGGUUCAUGUGGUAAACAUGCUUCAAUGCACAAAUGCAUCUGUCCAUCGGCAUAUGAAGGCGAAUUGUGUGAAAAAGUAGUCGAAUAUUAA